AUGCAAACAAACGAGACAGCAAACGGCGAUGGUGAAAAUAAUAACAAUCUUCUCGCAAGUGAUAAAAUCACCCUCAAUGUGGGAGGAAUUAAGUACGAAACAUUCAAGUCCACCUUAACUUCUUAUCCAACAACCUUACUUGGUUCAAUAUUUUAUCAUUAUAGUGAUGAACAAAAUCCAUUAGCUGAUCCAAAUCAUGAAAAUGAAUUCUUUUUAGAUCGAGACGGUCACUUAUUUCAUUACAUAAUGCAAUUUUAUAGAACUGGAAAAGUACCGACGAUAGAACAAGCAAUUGGAUUAAUUCCAAUUACGGCUCAAGAAUUAGAUGAUGAAUUAGAAUAUUUUAAAAUUCCAACAUAUCCACCAUCAUCAUUUUCAGCUACAACAUUAUCACCUUCGUUACUUUCACUUCGCCAUAAAAUGAUUGCAACCGAGAUAGAUUCAUUCACUUCUACAUUAAGUAAUACAUUGUUAACAAUUUCAUCCCAAUUUAAAAAAGAAUUUUUCUUUAAAAGGCAAUUUCAAAUUCGAUUUGAGAUAUCAUUUCAUAACAAUGAACGUAUAUCAGAUUUUAAUAUUAACCCGAGUGUAAAUAGUACUAUUAAAACUCAAUUACAAAAAAGCUUUGAUUGUUUUGCCCCGUUAGGUUAUGCUAUAUUGGAUAGAUUUGGUGAAGAAAUUGGUAGAUAUAUGACAACUACUGUACAAGGUUGUACUUGGGAAUGUAAUAAAGUUGAAGAAUUUGGUUGGGGUGGUUUACAACAAAUGUAUAAAGUUAAAAUAGGUGUUGAGAAUAGUUUUGAACAUGAAGAUGUUUUGAAUAAUUGUUGUCUUAAUUCUACCUCUGAUUCAAUUGGCAGUUGUGAUUGA